AUGAUUGAAACAUUGUUUGCUCCAGUGAUAGCAGCAAUGCCUCCGAUUCUCAAUGCCUCAAGUAAUUACGUCCAGUCAGCAAAUGAACAAGUCACGGAUACCACAAAUCUUCUCCAGGCACGUCAGGAAAUAACAGAGAAUUUGCAAGUAAAUCCUUAUGAUCUUAUUCUCUACCUCCAAAGAGCCUCGAUACAUACAGUUUUAGGCUAUCCUGAUCUUGCCGCAGGUGACAGUUACCGGGCCCUUAUUCUCUGUGACGAAAUAUCAAAUGCGUCUUUCGAAUACCAUGACCAGGCUUGGAAUACCCUGAGCGACCACUGUACGGAUGGUAUCCCUGGUUUCUUGCAGGGACAAAACAUCAAGCUUCCCUCUGACAUUGCCAGCCGCUUUACAUCCUUGAGUGUAGAGGAUAAUUACAUGACGCAGAAGUUGUUAGAAACCUUACACAUAGCCUCAGUUCAAUGUUAUCGCAGCUUAUCGGCAAGUCUCAGACUCUGUCAUUGCUUAAAGAGUGCAUUUGAAAACUGCGCACGAGGACAAGCCCUUGCUCCAGAUGACGAAGAGCUCCUAAAAACAAAGAAACUUAUUGAGAGGGAUGCAAUGGCCGCGGCGCCUGACAAUAAAUUUGAUAUAAAAAGUUUGCCCGACGAAGGCUUAGUCCGACGGGAAUUAUAUCCAUGGAACAAUUAUGAGCCCGAUCGAUUUUCGCCAUCUUCUCUGGCCUCUCUUAAUCACCAGCUAGCAGUGAUAGCGCCAAAGUGUGAGGUAAGAGUGACUGAAUUGCCAAAUCUUGCACCGCACGCGAUUGAUGCAACUCGUUCACACCCUCAUCCAAGUAAUAGUCAAUUAGGUCUCUUUGCCAAAGAAGAUAUAUUACCAGGCGAGAUGGUGCUUACCGAACUAUCUGUUCUGACCGCCAACAAUUGUUUCAAAGAGCCACUCUGUGAUGCUUGUAGUGCUAAACUACCGCCACUCUCUGCAGUCAAUGACAUAGUUGACUGUAGUGAGUGCGAAGAUAUAUCAUUUUGUAAUCAGAUUUGUCUCACCCGGGCCUUAGAGGAAUAUCACCCGGCAGUAUGCGGAAAAGAUGUCGAUACAAUCGCGAAAGACCCAAAUCCUAUCGAAAAGCCUUUUGCGCUCUACUUUCUUCUCCUUUGCCGUUCCAUUGCCAUGGCUAGUACACAAGGACUACACCCUCUCAACCUCAAAGAAGUCAAGUAUAUCUGGGGUGACUUUAGUCGUCCUGAAACAUCUCCCUUAAUCCCCUUGAUCUCUUCAUACGAAGCACCAUGUACUCUACCUUUCUCAUUCAAAUACAGCAUCGUAGAGCCCCUUCAUUUUCUGGAGAAACUAGAUAUCGAUAUCUUUGCCGAUGUGGCCAAUUAUGAUCAAUGGGUCUUGAAUACCCUCUAUAGCAAGUUCCGCGGUACAGCUUCGGCUUGCGUUAAUCCUCGGACUGGACACCCUGAAGUCGCCGCAGUACACCCUCUCUGGUGUCUCGCCAACCACGAUUGUGAUCCUAAUGUAGAGUGGCAGUGGCAGGGGCACAUGAAUAUGCGUUGCCGAAAGGCUAGAAUCGGGGGUUGUAUCGGUGGUAUUUCCGCAGACAUGGAGAUUUUGAACCACUACUGUGAUAUUGAGCUUGGUGUGCGUCAACGGCGAGAAUGGGCGCAUGGCAGUCUCGGUGGCUGGUGUCAGUGUAAGCGAUGUCGUGAUGAGUCCGUCGGAACCGAGCCUUGUGUAGAAUGA